UGACAGGAAUGGACAAGCGAUGAAAUGUUAUUUGUUAACAAUUUUUUGUAAAUAUUCAUUUAUAUGAGUCAUUAAAGAAUGUGAUCACGGUUCACCAUGGGCGGCUGUAUCGGAAUAACGAGGAGCAGAAGCGGUCCCAACGAGGAGUCACCCGGCUCGGUGUCGCGGCCUAAUUCGGGCGGCCUGCGAAAAAACCAGUCCCUGUGUCACGAGACGAUAAGAUGGAAGUCGGACGUACCGCUGACGGAGGGUCAGCUGAGGAGCAAGAGGGAUGAGUUUUGGGACACGGCGCCGGCCUUCGAGGGUCGGAAGGAGAUUUGGGACGCGCUCCGAGCGGCCGCCGUGGCCGCGGAGGCGAUGGACUUUCAGCUGGCGCAGGCGAUACUGGACGGGGCUAGUGUGUCCGUACCUAAUGGUUACCUCACAGAGUGCUAUGAUGAGUGGGGGACGAGAUACCAGGUCCCAAUAUAUUGUUUAUCGGCUCCAAUAAAUAUGGUGAAGGAGGCUAGUGGGCGGGACUCGCCGGCGGAAUGCUCAGAGCCAGUGGAAGGUGGUGCAGCGAUGGCACUAAGACUGAGAUUGUCCACGACAUGUAAAGAUGUGGAGCUAGCGGUAUCAUCUAAACACACAAUAGGACAUUGCAAACAGAAAUUACAUGCACAGGAGGACAUAUCACCGUGGCGGCAGCGGUGGUUCUACGGCGGCAAGCUGCUGGGCGACCGGCUGCUGGUAGACGAGGCCCGUGUCGCGCCCGGACACGUCGUGCAGGUCAUCGUCAGCACCGAACCCCAUCCACAGACUUAGUGCACAGAAUAAAGACUGUUAUCAUAAUGGAAUCUAUUCUACAAAUAACCACAGAAAAGUUCUCAAUGUACCAGUUAUGUUAAGAACAUGUAAGAAAGAGAUUUGUGUGGCUCAACCCCAGGUAUGAGGUGAAUCUGACUUGAGUUGUCUUAUUAAUAGCGCUUUUUAUAUCUUUAAUAUUCAUCUCAGAAACUGGGUGAAUUUUUUAUAAGGUCAUGCUAAUUGUUUGUCUAUUGUCGUAUUUAAACAGCCUUUCAUUCUGUUAAAAAAAUUACAAUAAAACAGACCUACAAGAAUCUAGUAGAAAUAGGGUGAUUUUGUCAUGGAAAUGAAGAUGUCACUCAAAUUGACAUCAACGACAAGGAUCUAAAGCUGGCUUCCCACGGCGCGUAACAUCACGAGCCGCGCCGCGUCAGUUCGAGUUCGAGAAGGGGGUG